GCCUCUGUGAUGCUCAAUGGCCAAGGUGGGAGGGGGUGCUGCAUGGGCUGGGGACACACUGGAAUAUUCACAGACUCUGUGGCAGCAGCAGCAACAGAAGAGCAGCCCACCCCAUAAGGGACCCCUGAGGAAUGAAGCAGCCUUUCAGGGCCAGAGAGGCUGCAGCCUCCCUUCUUCUCCUUAAAUAGCCAGCAUACCACCCGUAGCUGCAAAGAGCCCACUGCCACAACCACACUCACCUGCUCCCCCAGAUUCCUGCCCCUUCUGCUGGACCAGCUGCAAGAGGCAGCACAUCUGGGAUUACGCAGUUUGUACGGAGGUAACGACUGCAGAUUUGGAGGACCCACGGGGACUAACAGAAGGCUCCUUGCCCACAGCUCCUCUGGAGGCUGCAGCAUGAAUGGCCUACAGACAGCCUCCCUGAGUCUGACCAGCAACUCCUCCCUGGCCCCUGCUGAGCGAUGCGGGCAGGAGACUCCCCUGGAGAACAUGCUGCUCGCCUGCUUCUACCUGCUGGAUUUCAUCCUGGCUUUCGUGGGCAAUGCGCUGGCCCUGUGGCUUUUCAUCCGGGACCACAAGUCAGGCACCCCGGCCAACGUGUUCCUGAUGCACCUGGCAGUGGCUGACUUGUCCUGUGUGCUGGUCCUGCCCACUCGCCUCGUCUACCACUUCUCUGGGAACCACUGGCCAUUUGGGGAAAUCCCGUGCAGACUCACCGGCUUCCUCUUCUACCUCAACAUGUAUGCCAGCAUCUACUUCCUCACCUGCAUCAGCAUGGACCGCUUCCUGGCUAUCGUACACCCAGUCAAGUCCCUCAAGCUGCGCAGGCCGCUCUACGCACACCUGGCUUGCGCCUUGCUGUGGGUGGUGGUGGCCGUGGCCAUGGCCCCACUGCUGGUCAGCCCACAGACGGUGCAGACCAACCAAACAGUGGUCUGCCUGCAGCUGUACCGGGAGAAGGCCUCGCACAAAGCCCUGACAUCCCUGGUUGUGGCCUUCACCUUCCCGUUUGUCAUCACCGUGACCUGCUACCUACUGAUCAUUCGCAGCCUUCGGCAGGGCCCUCGUGUCGAGAAGCGCCUCAAGGGCAAAGCCGUGCGCAUGAUAGCCAUCGUGCUGGCCAUCUUCCUGAUCUGCUUUGUGCCCUACCACAUACACCGCACUGUCUACCUGCUGCACUACAACGGUGGCAGGGCCUCCUGUGCUGCCCAGCGUGUCCUGGCCCUGGGCAACCGCAUCACCUCCUGCCUCACCAUCCUGAACGGGGCCCUGGACCCUGUCAUGUACUUCUUUGUGGCCGAGAAGUUCCGCAACACCCUGUGCAACCUGCUCUGUGGCAAGAGGCUCAUGGGGCCACCUCCCAGCUUUGAGGGAAAAACCAAUGAGAGCUCCCUGAGUGCCAGGUCAGAGCUGUGAGCCGUAGGCCCCAGCCUCCAGUGACAGCCUUGGGGCACGUUCCACCCCGCCCAGCAAGAGAACUCCAUCUUCUCCCAUCUGCCUCGUGGCAAACAACCCAAAAUCCCAUGGAGAUCUGCAGGCUGAGCUCACCUGGCCCCAAGCUCAGUCUUACUCACAAGCAAACUGGAAAGGGAGGACGAACCAGGGGGACUAAAUAGCUGCCCCUCUGCAGGGACCCAGAUGCUCGGGGACUUCCCCCUCUUAAGAGGGACUAGGGUUCCUUGUUGGCCAGCCAGGCUUGAAGCCUCCUACCCACCACAGUGAAGCCCUGCAGAAAAACCCAGGGCUGCACAGGGCCCAGGAGCAGAGGCAGCAUGGCUUUCAGUGGAGGUGGAGGUAUCCAGAUAUUUCCUUUAAAGUACAAGGUUUCUGUAGGUCUCUUAGGGGUGCCUUUGCCAGAUGUUCCCUUUCUGAAUUUAGGGGACAUAAACUAAAUUACAGCCAAAUGCUGGAAGUGCAUUUCAGAGGUUUGCUGUGUGAUGCCAAGCAAACCUGGCCCAGCUUGGCUCUGGGUUCCUGCCUCUUCUGGUGUAAACCCACACAGACUUGCUAUAGCCUGACAAUCCGAGCUCCUCAGCAGGAGAAGGCAGCCUCGCCAAGCACACAGCAUGGUGGACAGUCACCAGGAGUCCUCCUCAAGCAGGUACUGGUAUGUGAAGUUCUCUCCUGAUAAUUCAGACCAGGCAGGCUACCCUAAACCUCUCUCCCUCCCAAGAAGCCCCCAGCCUCUGCUGUCCCAUUUUGCGCCUUCCCUUGGUAGCAUCUCUAUGCCAUCCUAACACGCCCUUUAUAUACUUGUUUGUGCAGAUUAUAAAUAUAACUGUAGCUUUAAGAUUUGUUCAA